CGCGCCGGCAGUUUGGCCACGUCCCCGGCCACGUCGCGCCGCUCUCGCCAUCUUCGCCGCUUCCUCCCAGGGGCCGCCGCCGCCUGAGCCGCCGCCUGAGCCGCCGAGCCCCCGGGCGCCGCGCCGACCGCCGCCGCCAUGAACAUCUUCCGGCUGACCGGGGACCUGUCCCACCUGGCGGCCAUCGUCAUCCUGCUGCUGAAGAUCUGGAAGACGCGCUCCUGCGCCGGUAUUUCCGGAAAAAGCCAGCUUCUCUUUGCACUGGUCUUCACAACUCGAUACCUGGAUCUUUUUACUUCAUUCAUUUCAUUAUAUAAUACAUCUAUGAAGCUUAUCUACAUUGCCUGCUCCUACGCCACAGUGUACCUGAUCUACAUGAAGUUUAAGGCUACUUACGACGGAAACCAUGAUACCUUCCGAGUGGAGUUUCUGGUGGUCCCUGUGGGAGGACUCUCGUUUCUAGUCAAUCAUGAUUUCUCUCCUCUUGAGAUUCUGUGGACCUUCUCCAUCUACCUGGAAUCCGUGGCCAUCCUCCCGCAGCUCUUCAUGAUCAGCAAGACCGGGGAGGCGGAGACCAUCACCACCCACUACCUGUUCUUCCUGGGCCUCUACCGGGCGCUGUAUCUCGUCAACUGGAUCUGGCGCUUCUACUUCGAGGGCUUCUUUGACCUCAUCGCUGUGGUGGCUGGCGUUGUCCAGACCAUCCUCUACUGCGACUUCUUCUACUUGUACAUCACGAAAGUACUCAAGGGAAAGAAGCUCAGUCUGCCAGCGUAAGUGCCAAAGACCACCACCAGCCUCUGUCCUUCAGGGUGCUCGGACAGAAUUCCUACCGCAGCAAAGGCACAGAUGCUCAUACGGAAAAGCAGAAACUUCACUCUUUUGUUGCAGAUCGUCAUCAGUGGCUCUGAAAGAACCAGAGGAAAAGAACCAGGAGGUUUCUGUUUAAUGCAUCUUGCCUUAUCUUUUUUUAUUACUAUGUACAAAGAUUUUUUUACACAAAGAAACUUAAUGCUGUAUUAAUAAAUUCAGUGUGUAGCUUCUAUUGGGGUAGUUCCAAAAGUGAAGAUUUUGUGAGAAAUAGUGCAAACUUCUUUUUUUUUAAAAUUCUUUGAAACUUUUGAUUCUUUGUGUCUACGAUGAAAUCAUACUCCUUGACAGUUGGUAGAUUAUAUAUUCUUCCAUCUAUCAAACUUGCAUUCCACUAUAUUUAUUUUUUGCCAAAAGAUGAGACAAAUUUGUUUGAAAUCUGAGAUGCUAUGUUCAAUUUGGUGUAUCUGUCCCAAUUUCUUCCACCGGAUACGAAACCCUCCCUUGGACAGCACACUACAUUUAAGGCUGGUAAGGAUGACAUGCAAGUCUGUGGUUCUCACCACCACAGAGGUUAAGAUUCUGAAUGUGGACCGAGUCUCAUUUGAGAGUCACCAAAGGUGCCUGCUCCCCUCCCCUGCUCAGAGGUGUCCAUUUGGGACUGUCCCACGGGUGUCGAAGGACUCGGUGGGCAGGGGUUGUGGGCUGCCAUGUGAGUGCAGGAUGCGAGGGACACGAUGAAGGUUUUGGAUCUAUGACUUGACUCCUCUGAGGACUAGAACGCAAGGAGUCACCUAUCACUUUAGUUUACAUUCUGCAAGAUUGCUACAACCAUGUCCAUGCUCAGAUUCCAACACUUUUCCCAAUCACUUCGGGUAGUAAAAUGAUUGACAUUUUUAAAUUGGCAGCACCAAUUACCAUUCCUUAUAUUCUUACUUUUUUGUUUUUACUGAGCUCUUGCAUGAUUUAUCUUGUGUUACCACCUUAAUAAACAUUUUAUUAAACAUAGAA